CCAGAGAAUGAAUAUUUGAAUGUCUGAAUCAGUAUUAUCGUGUUCGGAUAUAAACACUUUAUUUGAAGUGUGAUUUGUAGAAAUGUAUAUUGUUCUUUCAAGAUGGAGGUUAUGCUAGACAGGGGACGAGUUCGAAGCCAACCUUUGGAUGCCUGGAAUGGAAUCAAAUGUAGACUCAUCGAUAUCAUCAAUACGGACAGAGACACUGAACGAGAAUUUCUGAUCUUAUCAACAUCAAAAGUAGGACGAGAAGUGAAGAAUGGAGAGCAGUUUUUCGAGAUCCUCGAAAAUAAGUAUAGUGAGCAUUGUCAUGUGGUGGAAUUUCUCAUCAACCUUACCGAGGAAAUUAGACUUCAUGUGGAUGAUGGUGUUACUAAAGUUGGUGAUGAGUUACGAAGAUACUUGGAAGAUGUGAGGGAUUAUGACGAUAAACUUACUGAAAAGGGGCUGGGAGCAAAAUGCUUUGUUGGAAGAGAAAUCGAAAUUGCCGGUAUUAUGGAAACGUUAAAACAGGAAAACGAGAGAAAGGGACUACUGAUUUGUGGAAUGGGUGGUAUGGGGAAAACUAGUUUGGCUAUAGAAAUAUGCCGCCACCUUUACAUAGAAGCCAAAUGGAAUGUGUACAAGGUAGACUUGAGGGAGGAGACAACGCUGAGAGAUUUAAUACGCAACACUCUCACUCGGCUUGGAGAAAAUCUGACAUUUUCUGCUAGUAGUCAAUCAACAGAGGCCACAGUGGAAGAUAAUCAUUUGACGUAUUUGAAACAAUUGCUUAUUCAGAGAUGUGAUCAAACGACAAAUUCGGCCUUGUUGUUUGAUAACAUUGACGACAUCUUGGAGAAGGACAGACAAAGACUUCUUGUUUUUGUACAGCAGCUACUACAAAAGUUGGCUUCAAGUCCUCGAAAGAAUAAUAUGCGGAUACUUUUCACUGCAAGAGAAAAACUAUUAAACAGCAAUACAAUUCCUUUGCUUAGUGGGUUGAUUCAAGAAACUGAAAUUAGAGGGUUAAGUGAGGAAGUAUCGAUUGGAUUAUUUAGCAUGACUCUUAUAAUGGAGAGCAGUGUUGAUACGGCGAAGAAGAUUGUUGCUUUAUGUGGAAACUGUCCUUUAGCCAUAUUGUCGUUGUGUAACAGCAUACGAAACUCAGAUAUCACAGCAGAAAAGUUGUUGUUUAACCUCCAAAUGACCCAACAUAACGCAGGGGGGUUACAGAGUUUCGGAGUAGGGUCGUGCUUGAAGCAAUCCUUCAACCGUUUGAAUAGGGAGCUCUGUCGAUAUCUAGUUAUGCUGUCAGUUUUCCGUACAGCUAAGUUUGACAUCUAUGCUGCAAAUGCAAUUGCUGGUAGAAGCAAGAGUAGGGGAAAAGCGUUGACGUCCCUUGAUCUUGUGCAUCUGAAAAGCUGCCACUUUGUGGAAAUAGCAGUCCAGGAAUUUUCUGUCGGACGAUCUAAAGCGUACUGUUUGCAUCCAUUAGUCGUCCAGUUCUUGAUAAAUGAAAUUGAUACCCAGGAAGGCUACGACAAAUUUCACAAGUUGGCAAAAAAUAGAUUCAUUGAAUAUUUCGAUGAAGUUGUUCUGUCAAUAUCAUUGGAUCUUCAUACACAUCCAACAAAAUUUCAGAAAAGUCUUAUCGAAAACAAAACGCACAUUCAAAGUUUCUUCAACUAUGUAAUUACAUCUGGUAGGAAUCUUCAAAAAGUGUGCGUUGAUUCGUCAAGUGUGGUAAGCGAAUUUCGUAAAGAUGAAUUGUGUUCCGUGGUCUUGAGUGAUCACGAACGAAAUCAAUAUUAUGAUCAAUAUAUUAAGUAUGCGAAGGAAAAUGGCUUAGUCUUGGAUGAAAUACAUUUCAAAACGAUGAAAACAAGAUUGUAUUACGAUAUAGAUCGAUCUGACGAAUGCCAUAAACUAUUAAGAGAAACAGAGAAUCUGGUGAACAACAAUGCCUCUCUUAUAGAAGGACCCGCAAAUCCUGUUUUGGCACAUUUUUACUGGAUGAGGGGAAGGCUUUUGAAUGCUAAAUCUCAUUAUAAAGAUGCUUUGACGAUGAUGGAAAAGUCUAUUUCAUAUUACCAAAAUGACUCGGAGUUGUUCAAGACAGAAAUUGCAAACAUAUAUAAUUCUGUUGGCGUAAUUUACUAUAACCAAAGAGACUUUGAAAAGUCUGAGGCAUAUCAUGAAAAGGCACUCGAAAUGGCAAAAGAGCAGCUUUCGCAAGAGGAAGUUGAGGCAGUGGGAAUUAACAUGCAAGUCUAUUACACAAACAUCGCAACUGCUCUGGUUGCACAGUGGCAAAAACAAAUACAUUUGAGCGAAAAACCCCACAGUCCACUGUUGAUCAAAGCUGAAGAAUAUUACACUCGUGCUGUUCAUCAUGACCCUAUACCAUCAGAAAGCCGAGCAAAGAAACUAACUAAUCGUGGGAAGCUGUAUCUGAAAAUGGAGAAAUACGAUGAUGCUGAACAAGAUUUGUCAGAAAGUUUGCAAAUUAGAAAGAACGUAUCGGUCCCCCCUAACGCAAACCUGACACACGCUUAUCACAACAUUGGGCGCUAUUAUGUUUUAAGAGGAAAGAAUCCAAAAACAGAAAACCAGUUGGAAUGCUUCAAGAAAGCUUUAGAAUACUACAAGGAGGCGAAGUGUCAGAUAAGAAUAGGUGGAUUGUCAGUCACAGAUCCAAUAUACAAAGACAUCGUGAAAUUCCAUAAACUUACGCUCAAGGUCCUUAAUGAUGGACGCGGACUGGAACAAAUAAAACAAUUUUAUCAGGAAUUUGAAUCGGGUAAAUUUAACAAGAAAAUUUGGAAGUGGAGGAACAUUGAUGAAACAAUGACAAAAUGUGAGUGUCUGGCAUCAACAGGAAAAAUCCUUCAAACUUAUUCAGAAUCCGAGUCGGACAGCUCUGAUUCGGAGGAUUAGUCGACCUCUGGCAGCUCCUCUGAUCAAUCUCCAUUCAUCGAUACCACAGACAAAGACGAUCGAUCUGACUAUGUCUACAAGGAUUAUUGAAAUGAUAAUAGAAAUUUGCAAGAGUCAAUGAAUCAAUGAGUUUUGAAUAUGAAAAAUAUGAUUUAUUUACUUCUACCUGCGAAAACGACACUAGUCUCAAAGCCCAUCUUCCUACAAUCGAUCAAUCGGAGCGAGACAAGCUCGAUAGUGGAAUUGAAAGUUUGACCUCGAUUCCAUGAGUUCAUUCUGCAGUACCGAAGACUUACACAUCAAAAGAAGGCGACUUGUAUCCAUGCAAUCAGGCUCACAGGAUGACAAUAUGUUAACAAAUGAUGAAAAAUAAUACAUGUAAAUAUAUGGUUAUACUCAAGGGGCACUGUAAAGAUAAACACGCAAGACGGUAAUCCCCCCAUUUUUAACCUUAUUAGUUUCUUUAAAACACUUAAAUUCGUCUUAAACGAGCCUGAGUUCGGCCUUUUCCGUCAACUCGCAAAGUCAUGUGACAGCCAGUUUCAUUGUUCAUGCAGUUCUAAGUGUGUUUACUAUACGCGAUGUACUAACAUGUGUUUUGACGGAAAUUCGUUUGAAUUGAAUGCAAAAAAUAGAUAAAGUAAUAGUAUUGAAAAAGAAAUGUUUCGUAGUUGUAAUCAUAUCGAAUACGACGGGUCAACAACAUGGUAAGAAAGUUGCGUUUGUAUAUAUCGCAACCAAUUCGAUACGCAGAACCACCAGAAGUAGUAACUACGAUACCGUAGGGAUCUGGGUUAGAAUAUGUCAUCAAUAUCCCUUGCCUGUCGUAAGAGGCGAGUAAAUGGGUCGGUCCUUCGGAUGAGACCUCAAAAACCGAAGCCCCGUGUCACAGCAGGUGUGGCACGAUAAAGAUCUAUCCUUGCCAUAAGCAACUAGCAUAGACCUAAAUUUUACAGCCCUUUAUCGGCAAUGGUGACGUCUCCAUAUGAAUGAAAGAUUCUCGAGCAGGAUACUAAACAAUAAUAUAACAAAAAACCUCUUUCUAACCCCACUUAGCAUUUUUCUACUGUUUUAGUAUAUAUCUCUUUGAGGUGUGUAUAUUACUCAUUAAAUGAGUCUUCCUCCUGUGACAUUUGAUGGAAUCUAUGUGUAUUUCUGAUCUCGAGUUGGAAGGCUCCACAAAUAUUCUUGUGUCCCUCUUUCUGAAAACAUUAUUUUCCGAAGGAGCGCCCCAUGUAGUCCUCUUCCGACAAGUAAGGGGUAUUGAGGACUUAUUUUAUCUCAGAUCAUCACGGGAUUGUUAGAAAGAGGAAAAUUAAAGAUUUGUUCACUACAAAAACGCACAGAGCCAUAGAUGAAAAA